AUGGUUGUUGCAUUCGAGGAUAACGCUCCAACUUUAUUAACAGUGCAAAAGUGGGCAGUUGACUUUAAAAAGGGAAAGGAGAGUCUUGAUGACGACCUAAGAUUUGGAUAUCGUGCAACUGCCACCACAGAGGAAAUACUUGAUUGUAUUCACCACAUGCUGGUGGAUGACAGGCGAUUGUCUAUAAUUCAAAUAGCCAGUGCUAUUAGUAAAUCCUGUGAGAGGGUUGAGAAUACUCUGCACAAUGAACUUAGUAUGACAAAGGUUUCGGCUCAGUGGGGGGCACGUUGUCUGACUCCUGAUCAAGAGCGCACAAGGCUGAUCACAACACAGCAAAAUCUGAUAUUGUUUGAAGCUGAACCUGCUAGUUUGAACCAGCUACUUUGA